UUUUUCGUCUGUUACGGUUUUAUAGCAAGUAACAUUUCAUAUAUUUAGAAGAAGCCAUGCCACGAAUACCCAAUCGAACCAUUUUGAACGCAUAUCAACAAGACCCUCUUCUACCACUUCUCUUCCAGGAAUGUCGAUCACUUAGUUUGGCCAAAAAUGAGCUGCGCUGGCUCAGGGAUCGGGCAGUUCAAGUGGCUCAGUUAAACUUGGCCAAAAGAACAGUUAGAUCUAAGUAUUUUAUAGGAUGGCGGGGCUUGUUGAGAUCUAUGUGUCGUGCACGAUCUCGAGGCCUUCCUCUCCAAUACAUUCUUGGCGACCAGCCAUUUGGGAACCUAGAUAUUCGAUGCAAGAGAGGCGUCCUGAUUCCAAGGCCUGAGACUGAGACAUUCACUUUCCAUGCUGCGAGCUUGAUCUUGCAUGAUAUGCUCAAGAAUGGACGUUCCCCAACGGAGAAUCGUGCCACAUGCUUGCGUAUACUGGAUCUGUGUACAGGAACUGGCUGUAUUUCCCUCCUACUACAUGCCCUCAUUGCUCCGCAUGUACAGCGGACUUCCAUCCUUGGUGUUGAUAUUAGCGCAACAGCCAUCGGUUUAGCAAGAAAGAAUUUGAUUUACAAUAUUCGACGAGGGUACUUGUCGGAUACUGCGCUGAUGGAUAUCACUUUCAGACAAGGCAAUGUUCUUGAUAUACAUGAUAUCUUUGGAUCAUCCAUUCACACAGGACCCCCCGACGUGAUCAUAUCAAAUCCACCUUAUAUUUCUCAGAAAUCAUUUAGAGAUGGGACAACUACACGCAGUGUUCGGAGAUUUGAGCCCAGGAUUGCACUGGUUCCUCCGAAAGGUGAGUAUAUGUCGGAAUUACCACUGAACAGGCAGGAAGAUAUCUUCUACUACCAUAUAUUAUCCCUGUCGUUUAGGUUGAAGACAAGCCUUGUAGUGCUUGAAUGUGGAGAUCGUUUACAGGGCACGCGUGUCGCUGCUUUGUGCAAUGACCUUGCGUCCGAAUUUGAACAGGUCGGCAAUCUACAUAUCUGUAUCUGGCCAGCUGCAGACGAAAGCAUGACGGGCGGUGAUCUCCAAUAUUCUGAGCCAUGUGUGGUCAUAGUGCAGCGAUAUGGUUAAGCCAAU